AUGCACGAAAUCAUAACCCUUCAACUCGGGCAGAGGAGUAACUACCUCGCUACACAUUUCUGGAACACCCAGGAAUCAUACUUCACCUACUCCGAAAGCGAAGAGUCCUUGGUUGAUCAUGAUAUCCAUUUCAGACCUGGCUUAGGAGCUGAUGGUAGUGAGACUUUCACUCCAAGGACGCUCAUUUAUGAUCUCAAGGGGGGGUUUGGCUCCCUACGAAAGGUCAAUGCUCUGUACGAGAUAGAGGAGCCAGCAGGUCCGCAAGGACUGUGGAAUGGGCCAACGAUUAUCCAGCGUCAGGCUGCAAUCGAACAAAGCGUUUAUCAGCAAAGCCUCGACCAAGGGUUGGAGCCGCCAUUGUUGACCACCGACUCCGUGAGAUACUGGUCCGAUUUCAACCGUGUGUACUUUCAUCCAAAAUCAGUCAUUCAGCUCAAUGAAUAUGAACUGGGUUCAGCGCUUAUGCCCUUCGAGAAAUGGAGUGUGGGAGAAGAUCUCUUUAAUUCACUCGACAAAGAGCAUGAUAUUUUGGAUCGUGAUUUGAGGUCUUUUGUCGAAGAGGCAGAUUGUAUGCAAGGUAUCCAAAUGAUAGCUAGUGUUGAUGACGCAUGGGGAGGAUUUGCCGCUAGGUACAUGGAUCGAAUCAGAGACGAAUUUGGGAAAACGACUGUUUAUUUUUGGGGAUUGGAAGCUGGAUUCGGGUCUGUUCCUAGGGAAAAACGUUUUAACCAGCUGUCGAAUACAGCCAAAUCUACGUCGGAGAUUGCUCAGCAGGUAUCACUUUUCGUUCCCAUGACAAUACCACAAGCGAUGCUACCUAGCUAUGUCAUGCUCGAUCCGAAGUCCCGAUGGCAUGUCGGUGGUCUACUUUCCACAGCAUAUGAGACCAUGACUUUACUAUCCAGAUUACGAUUAGGCAGUGCCAGCCGGAGAUCUUUAGAUGAGCUCGUCAGUGUUUUGAACGUCAACGGGAACCAAAAUAUUGCGAAGUGUCGGAUGAGUAUUGGUCAGAAGGACGCACAAAACGAACAUCUCAAGUCAGCAAGACUAGAGGAACGAGUACGAAGCCGGGAUACGAGAGCGCCAUCUCAGGAGAGGCGGGGUGAGGAAGGACCCUUCUCUCAAAAAUACCAAGAUUUGAAACCUUUGGAUAUGGACUUCUUUCCUACAGAAACAGACGAACGAGGCCGAGGCCAAAAAGUAACCAAGGAGACUCAUGUAUUUGCUCGAGCCGAGAUAUUUCGGGCUGAUGACCAGAAGGAGAAUGAGCUUGAGGAAACCGAUGAGAACGUGGGCCAUGAAAGAGCAAGGCGUCGAGCGGCUGGUCUUCCAAUCAUCCAAAAGAGUAGAGUAUCCUUGUCGUAUCCUCUGCUUGACAGCUUCCCCCACAUCUUUGCUCAUAGUAGCACGGCAUCUUCGUUGAGGGUUAGCACAUCUCUAUCAACUGAUACAACAGUAGCUAUGAGAAUGAAGAAUCUCCAAAACAUCGUUAGCAGAGCUGUGGGUGUUGAUGAGCGAGAGGCACUCGGCAACUCAUUGGGCGAUCUAGCCGAAGCUUAUCAGGAAGGCUGGGAUAGCGGUACAGAGGACGAUGAUGAUGAUUGA